UCUCCCUCGCUCUGGGAGCUUCCUGGAAAGACAAGUAAGACUUAAUGUUUAAGUUUUACUCAACAAAGCCUUUGAAUUAUACAUAGAUACAGGUAUAUAUUAUUUAAGUAAAAGAAACAAUAUAAUGCCGCAUCGGAGGAAGCUGUAAAAUCCACCAAAGUUACUUUAAAGCUGGUAAAGGACACAAAGCUGUUACACUAGAAUAAUAUAAUCAUUUCACUCCUUGUGGGUCACCAGGGGAUCUGAAAUCAGCUGCAAAGUUAACAUCUCAAAAAUGGACAGUGAGGAUGAUCUGGACGUUUUGACAGCGCUGCUGGCUGAGAGCGAAGGUGUUAAAGACGACCAGGAGCAGGAAGACGACUUGGACGGCCUGUUUGAUGAUGACAACAACGAAGGGGAAGAGUACAAAGAGGGCGCAGAGGAAGGGAGCGACUUGGGGGAAGGUGACUCGGUGUCUGAGCUCUUUGGCGACGUCGACGACAUUGAAAAUGAAGACGCGAAAGAGAAGGAGGGUGAAGGGGGAAAGUGUGAGAGCCUGGACAGGUCUAAGGAGGACCUACAAGGCGAGCUGAAGCGCAUGCAGGAGCAGAUGCAGCGGUUGCAGCAGCAGCUUGAGGCGAGCCAGAAGAGUUCGUCCGUCAGUCCAGUCACUAAAAAGGGGAGUUCUGCGAGUCCUAAACCAGUGACCCCCAAUUUAAAAACCUCCAAACUGGCUCAGACCAAACCAGCGACGUCCACACAGAAGACAAAAACACAAGCAGCAGCAGCAUCUUCAUCCCCUCCAGAAAGAGGAGCAGGACUGCAGCUCCACGAGUCCUCUGACUUUCUAGACCAGCUUAGUAAUGCUGACUCCUUCAAACGCAAACCCAGGGUGGCUCACGCUGCCAAGCUCAGCACGUCACCAGAAGAGAGAGGGCCUCUGGUGGAGAUCAAGAUCGGCAGCUCCUUCCAGCCAGUAGAGAGCACCAGCAAGGUCACAAACCCUCUGCGGUCACCUCCCGCCUCCCAGAGCAGAGCUUCUCCAGCUGCUUCAGCAGGACAGCAUUCCUCUCUCCCUCCUCUUCCUAAAGAUGUAGCUGUGGAGAAAUACUCAGGACUGCGGCUCAGAAAACCUCGGGUUUCCUCCAGUGAGAUGGACCGCAAGAUGGCUGACCGCCGUCUUAUACGCCUGUCACAGGUGCCGGAGCGUCUGACUCGAGAGAAGCUGGAGGACAGUGACUGGGUGACGUUUGCAGUGCUGGUCAACAAGGUCACGCCGCAAAGCAGCAGCAGUGGCAAAACCUUCAGCAUCUGGAAACUGAACGACCUCCACAACCUGGAGGUGUUUGUGUCUCUGCUCCUGUUCGGUGAAGUCCACAAAGAGCACUGGAAGACGGAGCCGGGCACCGUCAUCGGCAUCCUCAACCCCAACCCCAUGAAGCAGAAAGAAGGAUACGAUGGGGUGAGCCUGACUGUGGAUCACGCGCAGAAGGUUCUGCUGUUGGGUGAAGCUCAGGACUACGGGACCUGCAAGGCCGCCAAGAAGAACGGAGACCCCUGCUCUCAGAUCGUCAACUUGUACGAGUGCCAGUACUGCCAGUACCACGUCAAGGCCCAGUAUAAGAAGAUGAGCUCGAAGCGGGCCGAUCUGCAGUCGUCUUUUUCUGGGAAAGCUCCCAACAAAGUGAAGGGGAAGGCUGGCGGCGGAGGCGGCCUGAGAGAGCGGCUGUGUCAGGACGGAUUCUACUACGGCGGUGUGUCCUCAGCCGCUUGCGCUGCAUCAAUAACGGCGUCCAAACCGAACAAACCGGGCCAGAAGACGUUGGACAAGAUGUUCGUUAAGGGUUCGGCUCAGCACAUCAAGAAGCUGGCUGUGCAGUCCGGUGAAGUGUCCGGUUGUUCGAAAGAGUUUAAGAGCCUGCUGUCGAUGCCGACACCCGGAGCUCUGCAGCUGAAGAGGCACCUGACGCAGGGCGGCCAAUCAGGCCCUAAAGAUGUGAGUGGAGCCUCGGUUCAGUCCAUCACCGCCUCAGACCUGCUGAAGCAGCAGAAACAGAUGCAGCGAGAGCUUCAGGAGACCCGCAGGCGCCGGGCAGAGGAGAUCCAAAAUCGAGUGCUGCAGAGCUCAGCAGGAUCAAGACCCAGACCAGCAUCAUCAUCAUCAUCAUCAUCCUCACAUGGUAGAGGGGGUCUGCUGUCCCCCAAAGCAGCUUCUGAGGCCACCCGAAGCCCUGUGACUCCACACACACCCACACUAGGCCGGGGCUUUUCGGAGGGUGACGACAUCCUCUUCUUUGAGAACAGUCCGCCGGCAGCGCCCGCCUCCAGCGCUCUCAGCCUAUCAGCCGCCAAGCUGGCUGCUCUCAAAAGGCUGAGGAACAAAGGGAAGGGUCUGGAGAAAGAAGACCCGAAUGCUGUGAAGAGGAAGAGGAGUAACGACAGCACGAUCAACGCCCGGGUGGAGAAGAAUCUCACCUCACCGAAGGGUGAAUCCGGUCAAGAGGAGGAAGAACCAGCUCAGAAGAAAAAGCGAGAACAACUCGACUAUGUUCAAUCGGAUGAGUUUCAGAAGAUCCUCAAUGCCAAAUCUCGUCACGGGGCCGUUCUGCAGGCGGCGGAGUAUCAGCUGCAGGAGCGCUACUUUGAUCCUCUGGUGAAGAAGGAGCAGAUGGAGGAGAAGAUGAAGGGCGUCAGGGAGAUGAAGUGUCGAGCUGUCACCUGUAAAAAGUGUAGUUACACCUACUUCAAGCCGGCAGAUCGUUGUGUGGAGCAGAAGCAUGACCUGCACUGGCACGACGCUAUGAAGCGUUUCUUUAAAUGUCCCUGUGGUCAGAGAGCCAUCGCCUUGGACAGGCUGCCCAACAAACACUGCAGUAACUGCGGCCUGUUUAAAUGGGAGCGUGACGGGAUGCUGAAGGAGAAGACCGGACCAAAGAUUGGAGGAGAGCUCCUUCUGCCUCGAGGAGAAGAGCACGGGAGGUUCCUCAACAGCAUGCAGUGACGACACCGACGCAUUGUGGAGGGGGAAGCUGGGUAGUUUUAUUAAUUUAAGAGUCAUUGUAGCUUUUUUUUUUUACGUCUGUGUGAAUUAUGUUUUUAAAGUGAGAUGUUUUGAUGUUGAUUAUGCAGAUUUAAAUAUCUGGAUAUAUUUGAAACAAGCUGAAUAAAGAAAUCAUUUACAACUA